UAUGUCCUACCCGAUGCAGAUGGCCGUGGCUAUUUCGGCAGUCGUUUGAUACAAAUAGGCGUUAUCAUCGGCUACAAACUCCCGUCCAAAGCAGUUGGCCGCAAUCACGUCGCCAGAAACUCGCACAAGGGGCUUCUUCAGUUAUGUAACCAAGCGGCGUAGCUAAAUCCAUGAGUAGCGACGGCUUUACACGUUGAACUUUUUCGCAUUGUGGUCCCAUGCAGCACGCCUAGCAUAGUCAGCUUUUGGAGAUAGCGCACGCGACGUUGUGCUAGUUAAUGCAACGCCUAGCGAGGGCAAUCGGCGGCUGCGUUGCGUGCUGCCACUUGCGUACCAACGCCCUCCUCCAGCUCCCCACCUCCCCAUCCUCCUCCCUCCUGCCCUCCGUGGUAUCUGCCUCCUCCUCCUCCUCGCCAUCAGCUCCUCCCCACCUCCAACCCAGCUCCUCCACCCUCCGCACCCCGCCGUCCUCCAGCAUGCCGGCCUGCAACACCCUCCUAAGGCAGCACACGCAUCCCCGCCCCUUCUCAGCCCUUCCCCUGCCGCCCUCAUUCAAGCGCCGCACAGCUUACUGCUGGUGCGGCUGCUGCAGCAGGACCCCCAUCACCACCGCCGCCGCCACCACCGCCGCCAACUCCCUCAGACCAGGCCCUGCUCUCGGCCUGGGGCGCCCUGCCAGCCUUGCUCGCGGUGUGGGUGUUGGUGUCGGUUCCAGCCCCGCUUCCGGCCGCAACCCCCCAGCAACAUGGCAUGCAACCGCAGCCCCAGCAGCAGCCCCAGGCCCUCUCCGCCCACUCUCUAACUCCGCAGGGACUGCCCGCCAGCCGCCCCACGCCCGCCUGCAGCAGCAGCAGCAGCAACAGGAACAGCAACAACAGCAGCAGCAAAAGCAGCCCGGUGAGGCUUCCCCGCUGCCCCCUACGCCACCGCAAUCCUCGCCCUCCUCCUCCGCUUCCCCAUCCUGGAGAGCUCCGGGAACCUCCCUCAUAAAGCCAGGAGCAGCAGCACCUGCAGCAGCACCUGCAGCAGCUGCUGCUGCUCCAUGGCGUGCUCCCACCGGCACUGCGGCGUCGCGGUGGGCUGGGGUGAGGUCACCCGCAGCGGCAACAACAACAGCAACACCACAAACAGCAACACCUACAACAACAACGGGGCCAACAUGGAGGAAAACAGGAGCAGCUGCAGGAGCUACAGCAGGGCCAACCGCACCAGGGGCAACGCAAGCAGCCCCCGCAGCAGCAGCCCCUACACCCGCAGCCGCCCCCACACCCGAAGACGCAGCCCCUGCUCCUCCUGCUCGCGCACCAGCAACCUCCCCCUUCGACGUGUUCUCCCUGCCCGGCAUGAACGCCCUCACCAACCCCGCCGGCUACCAGGCCUCCGCGACCGAGCUGCUGACGGCGGUGGCGGCGGCGGCGCCCGACCAGCGCGCCGUGUGGGAGGCGGUGGCGGCGCUGCUGCCGCGGCUGCUGAGCGCAACGGCGCAUGGGCCGUUGAAGGGCUUUGCAGUGGACUUGGAGACGAGCGGUCGGGAUUGGAAGAGCGACCGGGUGAUUGAGGUGGCGGUGGUGGAGGUGGCGACUGGCGACGUCUUCGACACUCUGGUCAACCCCAACGGCUUCGGUCGCCCUGUCUCCCUCAGCCCCGAAACCACCGCCGUCACCGGCAUCCGGCCCGACAUGCUCCGCCUCGCUCCCUCCGACCCAUGGGUCUGGCUGGCGCUGCUCUGCUGGAUCUACCAGCGCUGCCGCGCCGGCGGCGGAGUACGACCCGUACUUCUCGGCCACAACCUGGGCUCCUUCGACCGCUGGUUUCUGGCCCGUCACCUGGCUUUCCACGGCUGCCUGCUGCCCCCCAGCUGGUGCAUGGUGGACUCGUUGCAGCUGGCGCGCAGGUGGCGGGUGGACACGGGCGGUCGGGGCAGCGCGCUGCAGGUGCUUCGGGAGCACUACGAACUGCCACUCCGCUCCGCCCACCGCGCGCUGCCUGACGCGCUGUUGGUGGUGGAUGUGCUGGCAGCCAUGGUGCGGCAGCGGUACCCCCACAUGGUGCGGGAGUGGGUGCUGCGGGCGGCAGCAGCAGCGGAGGCGGGGGCACCGGCGGCAGCGGCAGCAGUGGAAGCAACGGAUGCAGUAACGGUGGAGGCGGUAGCAGUGGAAGCAGGGGGGGCAGCAGGAGACAAGGCAGCAGUGGGGACAGCGGAGGCAGCAGUGGGGGAGGUGGAUCAGGAGGCGGCGGCGGAAGCGGCGGAGUCGGCAGCCGCGGCAGCGGAGGCAGCAGCGGCUGGGUUUGGUGGCGGCAGUGGCGGCAGUGGCGGCGGGUUGGUGACGAUGAGUAGCGGAGGCUGAGGCGGGCUGGUUGGUGCAGGAGGCGCUCAACGACGGCACCCUGACUUGGGACGCCAAGCCCGCUGACGCCUCCUCCAGAUCAUCAAGAUCCCGCUCCGGUUCCCCAGCAUCUAGCAGCCCCAUCUCGAGCACGGCAGAUGUAACGGCAGCAGCUGCUGGUACUGGGACUGCGGGCGCGGGUGUGCGCGGCGAUAUCGGUUGUCUCCUGCCGGAGGAAAGCGCCAUUAAGCUGCUGUUGGCUCUGGAGGGAGGCGGCGCAACGAAACGAGGAAUGACAGCAACAUCAGCUACAACAGCAGUAUUUUCCUCUUCCUCUUCUUCCUCCUCAUCCUCAUCUUUCAUGGCUGCUGCCGCAACUACUACUGCUAUCAAGUCGGCAGCGCCCAUGUUCGGCAACAAGGGCUGGUCUCAACCCACGUCCCCAUCUCCACCCACCCACCAAGCAGCAGCAGCAGCAGCUGGACCGCCCACCUCCAUUUCCUCCAUGCCCUUCAGUUGGGACCUUGUGCGGGCAGCUGUAGCCGCAUCGGAGGGAGCAGCAGGCGGUGGGCAGGGUGCGAUGGCUGGUAGUGGCAGCGGUGGCAGCAGCAGUAGCAGCGCCGGUGGGGCGGGUAGUAAGAGGGCGGGCAGCAGCAGCAGCAGCGGCGACUGGACUCUAGCUGACAUGGUGAAACAUAAGACCCAGUUGGCACGAAUGGAGGCGGCUACCCUCACGGUCGUCCACCAUGGCCCCGACUGGGGCAGCUGCCGGGUUCCCUGGCUACACCGGCACCCGCCCUCCGAGACCUACCUGCUACCCGAACCGGGGGAGCCGCUGCAGCUGCCCGCUGCUCGGGGGGCGGCGGGAGGGAGCGGCGGCGCGCGGGGGGGCACGAGGGGAGCGGCAGCGCUUGCGUUGGAAGUGGCGGAGGAGGUGCAUGAGGGUGCGUUGCUGCCCAGACGCGGAGGAGUGGCAGCAGCGGCGGCGGCGGCGGCAGCCCCUAGCUCCUCGGCUCCCUCUACCGCCGCCGCUGGCUCUGCCGCCGUGUCUGCCGCCACAAGCAGUGUCGCAUGGUCCGCCACCAGAGUUGCGACAUCGGUGGGAGGCGCCCGUGAAUCGGAGAGCGGUACUGCUUCUCCCACGUCUGUAACGGCAGCAACGCCAGUCACGGCGAAGGAAGGCGACGCCGCCGGGGUGCCGUACAACGUGCCCGAAGCGACGGAGACGGCGACGCCGGCAGCCAUGGACCCUGGCAGUCCUCCUUUAGCGCAGCACCCGCACAUACAGAAGGCAGCGGCGGAGGCGGAAGCGGCGGAGGCGGCGUCUGCAGCGGAAGCGGCCGCCGCGGCGUCUGCAGCUGAUGAGGUCGCUGAAGCCAUAGUGGCGGCGAGCGAGCGGAUAUUCCGGGAGUCUUUUGAACUCGGUUUGGUGCAACCCUUUCCGGUGGUACGACAGCAGCAGCAGUCAGAGG